AUGUUAUGUAGUCAUAGACUAGUGAUGAAAUAGAAGGACUUGAAAUAGCAUUGGAAGAAUGGACGGUUCAUAGAACUAUUUCUUGUAUUUCUUCCUUCUCAUGGCUGUAAAGAUCCUCGUGAAGUCUAGGAUUCACACGUCCAUUCCGAUUCCGACGCCCGAAAAGUUUCUUGAGUUCAAAUUUCAAAGAAGUUCGCCGCUCGGUCUUGUAACUUUUGUGAUACCAUUAUAGGCAGAGUCAUGGAAGAUGGAGAUGUGACUGUAAUAGAAAUUGAUGAAGAGGAAGCAGUGUUGAGGAAAACGGCAUAUAAGACAUUGUACGAAAGGUCAAUCACGCUAAUCAACAAGCCAGAAGUAGACAAUGAGGCGCUGGCAGAGUCUGAAAAGAUUCAGAAGGCUUGCACAGAGCUGACAAAAAAAGCGGAAGUGGCCCACGAGCUGGUGGUCGAUAUGAAGAUCAUGAUGGUGAACUCCAACUACCUGAAGAAGCACAUCGAGACGUCCAGCACCAACGUGUACACCUUCAAGGCCAGCGAGUACGCCGACCACAUCGUGGCGCACAUGAAGGAUCGGAGGUACCUGACCAAGUCCCAGGACUACGACUGGAGCAGGCUGGCGCCGGUUGCAGCAGACGUCUUCGCCUACAAGUGCCCCAUGUUCUCACCCAUGCUGGGACUGUUCGACCUGCAAGAUGCGGUCGCUGCAGCUCCUGCCGCCCGCCGCACCAGGAAGUCCCAGGAGAAGGCGAAGGAGGCCAAGGUGUUGAGUAAGGUGGCAAACGUGGUCACAGAUGAGGAUGGUUUGGAUGCAACUCUGAAAAAGAUACGGCAGACUCUGGGUUCAGUCUACAGGCAGAACAAUAACCGGUCAAUCCGCUUCAUGAAGUUUGUGAUUGACCCACAGUCUUUUUCCCGCUCCAUCGAAAAUAUCUUUCACGUCAGCUUUCUUGUGCGAGAUGGAGUGGUUAGAGUCGAUAAAGAUGAUGAUGGAGAAAUUGUGAUAUCACCUGUUCCUACAAAUCUAAGGAUUGAUUCAAGUGAUAUGGAGAGCCGUAGACAGUUCAUAUUCAACUUGUCAAUGCCGAUGUGGGAGAAAGCAAUCAAGAAACACAACAUUAAAGUUCCGUUGCUAAAACCAAGUGCUUCAGCUGGAGAUAAUUCAACUUCAUCCUGAAAAUAUGAUCAGUGUGCUGAGGUUUGGAGUGUUAAAUGAAAUUUGUAAAUAAUAUAGUAAAAGUAAGUUUUAUUUACUUUUAUUUGAUAGAGUACAGUGGACUCCCUCUCAACUGGCCACCUUUUAACUGUCAACACCACUACAAAUCAACAGUUCAAUUGAACUUAAUAAGCUAGCUGUUAAAGGCACAUUCAUUAGUCAACAUAAUCUGCAACUCAUUGCAGGUGGUGAAAGCGGAGGUCGGUUAAGGGGAGUCCACUGCAUCACUAACAAGUAAUCCCUGUUCUAACAUUAACAGCUGUGCAUUAUCAAGUAUGCUGUUGGCAGUACUGAAUUUCUUAAUAUGUAUUUCAAUAUUGAUUUGUAUGUCACAUAUGUGAUUAAAAAUUCAUAUAAAAACUGUGUAUGUGAGAAAAUCAAGUGGCUCUGUGAGGUUUUGUGGUUGACUUGUCGUGGGCCAGUUGCUUCUGUAUCCAUGGCACGUAGUGUGAGACGCGGGUGAAAAUGUCGGGGACGCCAUUAGCGCAAGGGAUGCCCCAUGACACCAGCCCGACCACGUCACCCCCUCUCACCAGGGGACUGCCGGAGUCGCCCUGCAGACAGUAGCAGUCAGUACAUAGUUGGUGCAACACAAGCCAGCCUGCUUUGGUGACAAGCCAACGCUUAACUUUGCAUAACACCAAAAUUUCUACAUAACAGAUUCAGCCCAAUUCGCCUGCAGUUUUGAAAAAAAAUUAUAUCCCAUCAGUGCAAAUUAGAUUUCAAAUGAACAUUUUGAUAUUUUAGCCUGUUUUUUUUUAACUGCUGGGGACACUUUCAAGGCAUCCAAAUUUCCUUUCAGUUUCUCAUAUUUCCCUUCUAUUCUUUAUUCAUUGUUACCAUAAUUUUUUUCAACUUAAAAUAAAAAAAAUUAAUUAGAGGUGGGUGAAUUUGAUAUGAAAAUAGACAAAAAAAAUUAUGAAUUCAAACUAAGUUUUGAUUCAGAGUUUAUUUUUAACAGAAAAAUAAACCAGUGCAAGGUGUAAAAAUUACUGUAAGAUGAUGUAUGAUUAAUUACUUUUUUAAGUUACACAAAAAAUCUUGGACAACCUCAUUGAUUUCAUCUCUGAAGCAUCUACUUGUUACACCACAUAGGUAAUUUGUACCAUUUAUUUGAAUAAAGAUAAGUUCUUUCAUGUA